GGAUAAUAUGACACAUUGAUUUCUUCUUCCUUUUUUAAACUUUUGGCGCCACCACACAAGCAGAAUUAGAAGAAAUCAGAAAAGAAAAGAGCAUAUGCCAAUUGCCAAGCAAGAGAGAGAGGGAGAGAGAAGCGCAAUCUCCCCAACAGUCAAAAUCCUUAUCCCAAAACCUCAUCCUCUCAAACCUCUCAUCUCCCUUUCCCUCCACUCAUUUCCCUUUCUCCUCUUCCAUCCUCACACUCUCAGAUAACUCUCUCGCCGAACGAACAAAAGAAUCAGAGCCCUCCAACAUCCUCCAUUGCCCUUCCACCAUCACUCUGUUUCUAUCUCCCUCUCUCUGCUCUUCUUCUUCUUCCUCAUCAGCUCUAGCCAUGGCCUGCUCCAAUCUGACAAUGUGGGCCUCCUCAAAAACCUCCCUCUCCGACGCUUCACCACUCUCCUUCCGCUCCUCCGUCUCACCGUUCCAAAUCCCAUCUCCCAAUUCUUCCCCUUCUUCCACCUCCAGAACCACCUCUGUUUCCCCUGUUCAGUGCAACCUCCGCGAGCUCCGAACCCGAAUCGAAUCUGUCAAGAACACCCAGAAGAUCACUGAGGCCAUGAAGCUCGUCGCCGCCGCCAAAGUCCGCCGCGCCCAGGAGGCCGUCGUCAACGGCCGCCCCUUCUCCGAGACCCUCGUCGAGGUCCUCUACAACAUCAACGAGCAGCUCCAGACCGAAGACGUCGACGCCCCGCUGACCAAAGUCCGGCCCGUGAAGAAAGUCGCCCUCGUCGUCGUCACCGGAGACAGAGGGCUCUGCGGCGGGUUCAACAACCAGAUUCUUAAAAAAGCAGAGAACCGGAUGAAGGAUUUGAAGGCUCUGGGGAUUGAGUUUACACUCAUCAGCGUGGGUAAAAAGGGGAAUACUUACUUCUCCCGCCGUCCCUACAUCCCCGUGGAUCGGUUCUUGGAAGGGACCAACUUGCCGACGGCGAAAGAAGCUCAGGCGAUCGCCGACGACGUUUUCUCCCUCUUCGUGAGUGAGGAAGUCGACAAGGUCGAGCUUCUGUACACAAAAUUCGUCUCCUUGGUGAAAUCGGACCCUGUGAUUCACACCCUGCUCCCGCUUUCCCCCAAGGGAGAGAUCUGCGACAUCAAUGGAGUCUGCGUUGAUGCCGCGGAGGAUGAGUUCUUCCGGCUGACGACUAAAGAAGGGAAAUUGACGGUGGAGAGGGACAUCGUGAGGACGGCGACACCCGAUUUCUCCCCGAUUUUGCAAUUCGAGCAGGAUCCGGUGCAGAUCUUGGAUGCUCUGCUUCCCCUGUAUCUGAACAGCCAGAUUCUGAAGGCGCUGCAGGAAUCGCUGGCGAGUGAGCUCGCCGCGAGGAUGAGCGCGAUGAGCAACGCGACGGAUAAUGCUUCGGAGCUGAAGAAGACGCUGUCGAAUGUUUACAAUCGGCGGAGGCAGGCGAAGAUCACCGGUGAGAUUCUGGAGAUUGUUGCCGGAGCCGAUGCUCUUGUGUAAUUGGGAAAACGGAGGGGAAAGAAAGAAAUAAGCAAAGCUCUACUUUGUUAAUCUGUUGUAUUUGUAGGGUAAAAAAAAAGGGGGAAGGGGAGGGAAAUUCGGUUACUCUUUACCUUUUUUUACUGCGCUCGCUUGUUCUUCUAAUUUGCUUUUUUAUAUAUUUUUGUGGUGUAAUUUGCGAGACUGUGUAACUAAAUGAGUGUCAAUGCAAUUAUGCAGAAUGGCCAAAGUUUAAUUUUCUUGAUGGACCUGAUUUAUGAUUUUGGGUGGUUAGGCGCGGAGUGUUCCUAUUGGUUCUGCUUAUUCGCGAGGGUUUGAGUAGUGGUUGGUAGACGGUUGGACCCGCCAAACCCAACCAAUUUCACACGAUUCACUCAUUCUAUCAUUUCAUAGGAUGACAAUUUUGAACUGAUCAGUCAAUUCAAUAGAUCCCGAUUUAGAAUGAGUAUUAGACAAUGUAGUAAGUAUUACUAGUAUGGGUAUUACAUCUAUUGUACAUCGUUAUGUCUUAUCUCAUUCUCGACUUUUUUAAUCUUGAUUUGAUUCAUAUUUACUUGUAUUUAUCCAUUUUCUAUAUGUUUUCUUAUCGUAUAUUCACCAAACGAAAUUAGGAGAAGUACAAGGCUCCAUCUUUUAACUAUUUAGUCUCAAGUAUUCAAUUUAUUAUCAUUGUCAUUUAUAAAGCGCUUUUGCUUUGUUUUCUUUUAAAAUAGUUAACAAAAUUUACGUAUCUUUUUCAAAUAACACAUGACAAUGCAUCGACCUUCUAUGUCCCUUACCUACAUGUGUAUUGUUUGAUCUGACUCGCGAGGCACAUAUGGGUAAGAUACUACCCCAUUGUCAUUACUAUCACAUGUGAACUUUUUAAUGGGUGUAUGAGUUAAUCAACCUCGUGAGAGUUGUUGUCUCUUUUUUUCCGAUUCUCUUAGUUAUCAUUGCGGAGGUGAAAGUGUUACUUGCAAGUUGCAACUUUGGAUGUAGCUCAUGCUUCCAAGCUAUGACCGCUCGUUCUUGUAACUUAUUUAACCUUUUGGACGUACUAUCGAACUUAUUGUCAAUUUAGUUUUGAGAAAGUGAUGUUUGAUUUCAUGCCAAUGAAGAUGUGUUCUAACAUAGAAAACUUAGUGACUUGAUUUCUUUUGGACAAUGAUUGCUAAGGCGAGGUUCAAGCCCCUUUGAAAAAACUUGAAACGAGGCUGUUUAGGGUCUUUUAUAGAGUAUUGACACAAGAAGUACAUCAAAUUACUCUAUUAUUACGGAUGCCCAACAAGCGCUUCAAGAAACAUUGGUUUACAACUAUGCCCCCGAUCUUCUCCCUACAAGUAGUCAUAGUUGUAGCUUUUGAAGCUCUCGUCAAACCAUCGUAAGAGUAGGCAUAGUUUAAUGUAGUUUUGUGUCACAAACACAUGACAUCAAAGUUUCUCGCUUGAAUUUUGUUCAACGAGAUGAAUCGUGUCUUAGUAAUUGUACAAUGAAAUCAAGACACAUUUAAUUGGAAUAAUUGCAAGAUUUCCCCAUAAAAAGUAAAAAGAUAUCAUCUUUAUCAAUCUAUUUUCAUUGUUCAUAUAUAGACGUCAUAAUCUUCUAGUUGAUUUCAUCAUAGUCAUAAAUUGGUGAUAGGUUGCAUGGUACAUGGUCGUGGGCAGUAAUACAACUCGAGUUUAUCUUAUCCAAUUCUAUAAUCAACUAACUAAUAGAUUAUAAGGUCAUAC